GCGCAGACUCAGACGAGAACUCUCCCGGCAGAGCAAGAUGGUGGCCAUUAAGAUGCAGUCGUGUGUGUUUUCAGUAUUACUUUUAAGUGUAUAUUACAGCGCCGUUUCCGCACUGUACUUUCACAUAGGGGAGACCGAGAAGAAAUGCUUUAUAGAGGAAAUUCCAGACGAAACAAUGAUUAUUGGAAACUACAGAACCCAGCUGUAUGACAAGCAGAAGGAGGAGUACCUGCCUGCCACUCAGGGCCUGGGGAUGUUCGUGGAGGUCAAAGACCCAGAUGAGAAGGUGAUCCUGUCGCGUCAGUACGGCUCCGAGGGACGCUUUACCUUCACGUCGCACACUCCUGGGGAGCACCAGAUCUGCCUGCACUCCAACUCCUCCAAGUUCGCCCUGUUUGCAGGAGGCAUGCUGCGGGUGCAUCUCGACAUCCAGGUGGGCGAACACACCAACAACUACGCUGAGAUCGCUGCCAAGGACAAGCUGACGGAACUGCAGCUCCGCGUCCGACAGCUGGUAGAGCAGGUGGAUCAGAUCCAGAAGGAGCAGAACUACCAAAGGUACCGGGAGGAGCGCUUCAGGCAGACGAGUGAGAGUACCAACCAGCGUGUGCUGUGGUGGUCCAUCGUCCAGACCCUCAUCCUGGUGGCCAUCGGCUUCUGGCAGAUGAGGCAUCUCAAGAGCUUCUUCGAGGCCAAGAAGCUGGUGUAAAUGCUCUGGUCCUGGGGACAGCGGUGGCUGGGAAGUUGUUUAUGAUCCUGAACGUGUGUGUGUGUGUGUGUGUGUGCGCGCUUUUUUGUUAAGUGGGUGAAGUGAACGAUUUCAUUAAUGAUGGCCUCCCACCUCCCCCCCUCUGAUGAUACACACACACACACACACACACACACACACACACACACACACACACACACACACACACACACACACACACACACACACACACACACACACACACACACACACACACACACACACACACACGGAUGAAGGGUGAAUAGUUGGCAACUACACGGACAAAUCCAUCUCGGUUUGGUUGGCUUUAGGGGGUCUUGUCAUAGACUACGUUGUCUUUGUUUUUGUUUGUUUGUUUAUGAUCCUGAACAUGUGUGUGUGUGUGUGUGUGUGCGCGCUUUUUUGUUAAGUGGGUGAAGUGAACGAUUUCAUUACUGAUGGCCUCCCACCUCCCCCCCUCUGAUGACACACACACACACACACACACACACACACACACACACACACACACACACACACACACACACACACACACACACACACACACACACACACACACACACACACACACACACACACACACACACACACACACACGGAUGCUGGAGAUGAAGGGUGAAUAGUUGGCAACUACACGGACAAAUCCAUCUCGGUUUGGUUGGCUUUAGGGGGUCUUGUCAUAGACUACGUUGUCUUUGUUUUUGUUUUCCUUACCAUCCAGACUGUUAAGAUGUCCCUCAUGUUUUUGACCAACAGGGUAGAGGCUUUUCUUUAUUUAUUUAACUAUUUUUAUCAACCCGCAGCCCCUGAAAUAAUGCUCUGCUGUCUUGGAUUUUGACAAUCUAAAUUCCACAUAUAAAAAAAUUGUUCUGGAUGGGCACAAACCCCAGCUUGUGCAUUACAUAUUUCUUUUUUCUUCUUUUUGAUACAAACUAUCAUUUUUCAACACUGGGUUUUAAAGCCAACCGACCUACCAGGGUACUCUACCCAUUUAAAACACAUUAACCAUUCAUUCGUUUUUCUUUUCCACUACUCAUUUCAUAGUUGAUUACAUGUCCUGUUACUGGCCAAUAGAGAUCUCCCAUGCUCUGGAGGGAAGACAUGGAGCCGGGUUGGUCCCCGUCAGGUGGGAGUCUUUGGCAAAUGCAAUUGGUUUCCCCAAUAAUAGCUACAGAAACAUGGGUGCAAUUUAUAUCUACUGCAACUGUUUCUGGUGUUCACUGAUCGUAGUUCAGAAUUAUAUUACAGAUAUUGCUAUCUCACAUACAUUCUGUAUUGAAGAGAUGGGGGGGGAAAUGCAGAUCAUAAUACCUACGGGUAUUUGAUCUAACCUGAAAUGGGUUUUAUUUGUUUUAUCCUUCAUUUAUUAUUUUGGUAAAUUAGGAAACUCCCUUGUGAGUGUUUCAUCACUGCGGUCAGGGACCUAUUAAAACAUCUUCCAACUGUCACUUGAAGCUGAAUUUCCACCGACUUUGUGUUGGACUGCAUAUGCCGGUUGCAUUUAUUGAAUAAACCCAUCUCGCUGAAAGACCACCUGAUGAUGAUGAUAAAUAUUUUUAAGUUGUAUGUUAUGUCAGCCUUGCGUUAUCUGGCCAUAAUUGAAUGUGUGUUUCUAACUGUCUAGGCGUGGGCUUUCCUGGGUUCUUGGAAUCAUCUAAACUAUCCUAGAUUAAUUUACUGAUCAGAAUGUUGUUUUUUUUAUUCAUGAGUCUACUAAUAAAAAACAAAGUUAAUUCAA